AUGACAGAGAAUCAGACAUGGGUCACAGAAUUCACACUCCUGGGAUUUUCGCUCACCCCAAGGAUGCAGAUGCUCCUCUUUGUCCUGUUCUCUCUGUUCUAUGCCUUCACCCUGCUGGGCAAUGGGGUCAUCCUGGGACUCAUCUGGCUGGACUCCAGACUGCACCCCAUGUACUUCUUCCUCUCCCACCUGGCCAUUGUUGAUAUUUCAUAUGCUUCCAACAAUGUCCCCAAGAUGCUGGCAAACCUUCUGAGCAAGAAAAAAACCAUCUCCUUUGUCCCAUGUAUAAUACAGACCUUUUUGUACAUGGCCUUUGCUCACACUGAGUGUCUCAUCUUGGUGAUGAUGUCCUAUGAUCGUUAUGUGGCCAUCUGCCGUCCCCUGCAAUACUCAGUCAUCAUGAGCUGGAGAGUAUGCACCGUCCUGGCUGUUACCUCCUGGGCAUGUGGCUCCUUCCUUGCCCUGGUACAUGUGAUUCUCAUCCUGAAGCUGCCCUUCUGUGGAUCUCAUGAAAUCAAUCACUUCUUCUGUGAACUUCUGUCUGUCCUCAAGCUGGUCUGUGCUGACACCAGGCUCAACCUGGUUGUCAUCUUUGCUGCUUCUGUGUUCAUCUUAGUGGGGCCUCUCUGCUUGGUGUUGGUCUCCUAUACACGCAUCCUGGUGGCCAUCCUGGGGAUCCAGUCAGGGGAGGGCCGCAGAAAGGCCUUUUCCACCUGCUCCUCCCACCUCUGUGUGGGGCUCUUCUUUGGUAGUGCCAUUGUCAUGUACAUGGCCCCCAAAUCCCACCACCCUGAAGAGCAGCAGAAGAUCCUUUCCUUGUUUUAUAGCCUUUUCAAUCCCAUGUUGAAUCCCCUCAUCUACAGCCUAAGGAAUGUGGAUGUAAAGGGUGCCCUGAGGAGGGUGUUGUGGAAACAGAGAUCAAGGUGA